AUGCGUUUCACAAGCAUCAUCGUCGCCGGCGCUUUCGCCCUGUUCGCCAGUGCCCAGGACACCACUGCCACUUCCUCUGUUACGGCCACCGCCGCCACCACCGACGCCGCCCAGGCUUCUGAGCUUGCUUGCCUCAACGCGUGUGAUGCUGGUGACGUGAACUGCCAGGCCAAGUGCAUUUCUGUCCCCGCCCCCAACGGCAGCCAGGUCAACGCCACAACCGAGUGUGUUGCCAACUGCGACCAGGGAGACGGUUCCCAGGCCGAGACGGACGCCUACGCAUCCUGUGUCCAGAACUGCAUCAACGACAACUACUUCACCUCCGGAGGCACCCCCGCCGCGACUGGCGGCUCCGGCUCCUCCGGAAGCACUGCUUCGGGCGCCUCUGCUACUGCCACCGGCACUGACUCGUCUGACUCGUCGUCAUCGUCUGGCUCGGCUACCUCUGGCUCUUCGUCUUCCUCCACCAGCUCUGGGUCUUCUUCUUCCGCAUCUGCCUCCGGCUCGGCUGCUGAUUCCAUCAAGGUUGGCAUGACUGGCCUGGGCCUGCUGGGCUUCAUGGCCGCUGCCAUUGCCCUGUAA